AUGUUGAUGACCGAUAAGAGCACAGUAAUUUUGCAACCAACUCUAAACAAAAACGUAAUUGAUAACUUCGAAAAAAAUGAAAGGCCUGAUGAAGACGCAGCUUACACACAGCAGACCGAACGUGAAGGAAAGAAACAACUGUCUGCAAAAGAGCGUCGUGACUUGAAGAAGGGCAAAACUCACGAUGGCAUUAAGGAUUAUUCCGUCAAACUAGAGAUGGGAGCAGAGAAGUCCAUUGUUAUGACGAUCAUCACUUACGUAUGGAAGCAUUGGGUCACGUUGUUGAGCAAGAAGGCGAGAUUGAGGCAAAAGAAAUUAGCAGCUAUUGAAGAAAGUAAUGACGAUGCGGAGAUGGAAGCGAGUAAGAGAUAUGUUCGUCAGCAGCGCGAAAAGAAGAAAAUUUUUCUGGACGAGCUGGAAGCUGAAGCAGAAAAUUUUGAUUGCUUUGAUGCCUUCACAGAAGAACCGAGGCCGAACGACAUCGUGUUGUUUGCGAUGCCUAUGUGCGCACCGUACAGGUCGUUGACCAAAGUUUAA